AUGACAAAGGAUAUCAGAACGGGCGAUUUAGUGUUAUGCAAAGUUGGCUCGUUUCCUCCUUGGCCGGCUGUAGUAUUUCCACAACGACUGCUCCGAGACGAUGUAUAUAGGAAAAGAAAGUCUAAUUGCGUUGCUGUUUGUUUUUUCAACGACCCGACUUAUUAUUGGGAACAACCAAGCAGAUUAAAGCGGCUGGAUCGAGAUACUAUUCAUACUUUUAUAUCAGAGCACAGUAAGAAUGCAAACCAAAGAGAACUGAUUAAUGCUUACAAGGAAGCAAAUAACUUCGGUGAUUUCAACGUAUUUUUGCAGGGAAAAUUUGAAGAAGAAAAGAGAUUAAAGGAGUUGAAAGCGUUUGAGAAGAGUGAGGGCUCUAAGAUUGUUGCCGGGGAGGACCCCUUUAUAGGUCGAACAAAAGUGGUGAAUAAAAGAAAAAAGGCCUCCAUAUCUUUCAAUGAUGAUUUAAAAGGCAAGGAAGAGAAGCAGCAGUCAAACGAGGGAAGCAAUUCGAACAUCAAGCCAUCCAAAAAGAAGAGACCUAUGGAUAAUAUGGAAGUCAAAUUAAACACCAACAUCAAGAAGAAAGUUAAAUUAGAUUAUUCCAGAAAGAUAGAAAUCUCACUAUUAUUUCGACGCAGGAUUCAAAGAAACCUAAUUCAGAGAGAAACACCUCCAACUGAAGCCGAUGUUAAGGAAACUUAUGAAUUGCUAAAUAGAAUUUAUGAAAACUCAGAUACCAAGAGACCCUUCUUUGAUGUAAAUGCUUUGCGCGAAAGUAAAUUACACAAACUACUGAAGGCGAUUGUUAAUGAUGCUCAUUUAGAGGAAUUUCACCCUCUUUGUAAAGAAAUUUUAUUGUCCUGGGCUGAAAUAAUCACAGAGUUGAAAAAAGAAAAGUUGCAGGUAUUGCCAACUCCUUGA